CUCACCUCCGUUCUGUUUUAAAUCGAUCUCAGGGUAAAUUCUGUCGGACCUGCUCCGAACUCUACAGAUGAAACAUUUAUUAUGCGUUUUCCUAGAAAGGAAAAUCUCUUUAUUAACGAAGAAAUUGCUAAUAAACGUUCCAUGGAAGAAGACCUGAAGGAGGAAGUGAAACCUGAGGCGGAAGAGGAAGUGAAAUCAGAGAAGGAAGAGAAAGUGCACACUGAGUGGGAUAAAGAUGCGAUGCGAUUGAAAAAAGAAAUGCUAGACCAGGUGAUACAAGGACUAAAGGAAGAGGGAGACCAGGUGAGACAGCAACUGAAUAAACUGGAAGAAGCGGUGAGGCAGGAAUUAGAAAAUCUUGAAGAGCAGGUGAUGCAUGAACUGAAAAAACAGGAAAAACUGCAGAGACCUAGAAUUAAUAAAUUGGCUGAGCAGGUGAAGUUGGAGUUGAAAGAUUUGGAUUGGUUAGUGAAACAGAAGAAAGAACUAGGACAGGAAGAAGAUAAAUUGCGGAAGAAGAUACGAUUGUCAUUACAGGUGAUGAAGGAGCACAAAGAACGAGUGACACAUUAUGUAAGUGAAUUGGAAGAACAACUGAUACUGAAAGAGCGGCGGAUGUAUGGACUAAAGAUACAAGAAGAACAGCAACAGCAGCAGAUAACUGAGAAGAGGAAUUUGAAAGAUUUGGAUUUACCUGAGUUGAAGGAACUGGAAGAAAAGGUGAUGCAGAGAUUGAAUGAUUUAGACUGGCACGUGAAACAGAAGACGGAACAUGAGGAGGAAACGAGAGCUGAAAAGCUGGUGAAAAUGAUGAAGAUUCCAAAACUGGCGAAGAACAUAUAGUCCUUGUGAGAUAGAGAUGAAGACUUCACUAUUAAAGCAAUAGAUAAAAUAAAUUUUCUUCGUCAAUGAUA